AGAGCUUCACGGAGUCACUGAACAGGCUGAAGGAGAUCCACGAGAAGGAAGUCCUGGGCCUGCAGAACAAGCUUCUGGAACUGAACUCAGAGAGGUGCCGGUGAGUCAGGCCAAGCAGGGCCCCUCUCCGCAGGGCCACACUGGCCAUUUCAUCCCCCUGAAGCUCCGGUGUGCCACCAUCCUAUGGUGCAGAGGGGAAACUGAGGCUCAGUGUGCAGGCAGGGGGGAGUCACUCGUCCAAGGUCACAUGGUGAGCAGGACUUGAACCCAGGUGCGUUGGCCUCCCAGGGGCGGGGCAAGCCCUUUACUCAGGGUGUCUCCCACCCCAGGAUCAUGAUCAGAAUAUCAACAGUACAUUCGUGGUGAGCUGGGGUCGUGUCUGGUCAUACGCUGGCAGGCAGGCAGGCUCCCUGCGUUCCGGGCUUAUAGACCUGGCUGUGGCUCUGCCUGCACCAUGGCGCUAAAGUGGUGCGUGGACAAGACAGACGUCACAGAGGGGCGUGCAGAUGAUUGGGGGGGCGCCGGGUUAGGCGUUGCCCCACAGGGCCCACUUCAAGGGCAAGUCCCCACAGUGAGGGGCACUGAGCAGGAUCCAGCCCCAGACCAAGGCUGCAGGUGCCAAAUGGCACUGGCCCCCCAGGCUGGAUGGUGGGGACAGCGUGUGUCUUCCUGGAUGGAACAGGACCCCACCUUAGCUGUUUCCCGCCACAGGGAUGCCCAGAGGAUCGAGGAGCUCUUUGCCAAGAACCACCAGCUCCGGGAACAGCAGAAGACACUGAAGGAGAACCUUCGGGUGCUGGAAAACAGGCUGCGGGCCGGCCUGUGUGACCGCUGCUUGGUCACCCAGGAGCUGGCCAGGAAGCGGCAGCAGGAGUUUCAGAGCUCCCACCUGCAGAACCUACAGCACAUCUUCAUCCUCACCAACGAGAUGAACGGGCUGAAGGAAGAGAACGAGACUUUGAAGGAGGAGGUGAAGCGGCUUCGGGGCCUGGGAGAUAGGCCCAAGCCCCCGGCCAAGGAGGGCACCUCAGACCCCCCCUCACCCCUGCUGCUCCCCUCCCCUGGUGGCUGGAAGGCCAUCACAGAGAAGCCACCAGGAGGCCAUGAGGAGGCUGAGGAAGACCACCAGGGAGCGGGCCUACAGGGAGAAGAAAAGCCAGCAGGGCACAGGGCAUCUCCAGUGGCCAAAAUCUCACCAGGGGCCACCCUGCCUGAGUCGUGGGCCCCAGACAUGAGCCCCCAGCGCAUCUCCAACCAGCUGCACGGGACCAUCGCCGUGGUACGGCCUGGGUCCCAGGCUUGCCCUGCUGACCGUGGCCCCACCAAUGGGACGCCCCCACCACUGCCUGCCAGGAGCAGCCCACCCAGCCCAGCGUAUGAGCGCGGCCUCUCUCUGGACAGCUUCCUGCGGGCCUCCCGGCCCUCUGCCAUGACCCAUGAGACCCUGAAGCACUCCCCGAAGAUGGAUCGGCUCUGCCUCCUAAACCGCCCCCUCUCCCUGCACCUUCGGAGCCCCCGCAGCAGCCCCCUGGCCCCUGCUGCAGCCCCCCGUGACCCCCGGCUCCAGGACCUGAAGGCCGGAGAAGCAGAGGCCUGGGAGGAGCCUAUAGAACUGCUGGGGCUGCCCAAUGCCCUGGCAGGCAUGCAGGACCUUCGCCUGGAGGGGGCACUACACCUGCUCCUGGCCCAGCAGCAGCUGCGGGCUCGGGCCAGGGUAGGCAGUGUCAGGCCAAGGGGCCAGCCCACACCCAGGGAGAUGCCGCCCUCCCCACCAGUCGGCUCAGACUCUGAGGGCCCUGAGAGUGAGGGGGCCAGGGCAGCUCUGGCCACAGCAGCAGGCCUGCCUGGAGGGCGGCACACACAGCCUGUAGGCCCAGGCCACGCCCAGAGGACGGAGGCUGCAGCAGCGAAGGACUGUGCCCCAGACAAGCCCCUGGACCUCUCGGAGUGGGGCCGGGCCCGGGGCCAGGACACUCCCAAGCCGGCCAGCCAGCAUGGGUCACUCAGCCCUGCCACUGCCCACACUCCCAGCCCCGAGCCACCCACCCAGUCUGGACCCCUGACUCGCAGUCCCCAGGCACUCAGCAAUGGCAUCAAGGGGACCAGAGCACCAGAGCAGGAGGAGGCUCGCACUCCCGUGGACCCCUCACGCCCACUUCCAGGGUCCCAGCUCAGCCUGUCCUCUCCAGGCAGGACAGGAGAUGAAGACACAGGGAGGCCUCUGCCACCUCCCCACCCACCGCUGCCUCCCCACCCACCGCUGCCUCCCCACCCACCGCUGCCUGACCUGGACGGCCACUCAGAGCCCAGCAAGGCUGAAGUGCUGAGACCAGAGUCCGACGAACUGGAUGAGACAGACACCCCAGGCAGCGAGGCGGACCAGAGCACGACUGGGGAGGGGCCCGGGUGUAUCUGCGCCCAGGAGCACGGGCAGGGUCUGCCACGGAAGAGGAAGCAGGCCUCGGAGCCCGGGGACAAAGCCUCCAAAAAGCCAUCCAGAGGGAGAAAGAAACUGACAGCCACUGAGAGCCCCGGGAGCCCAAGGGACGCCAAGGACGACAGUCCCUCCCCCAACAGCAGCCCCUCGGAGGAGACCUAGCCAGCCUGCACCGAACCCACAGUGAGCCCAGGGCGGCCCUCCACCUGCCCACCAGGGCCUGGAGAGGCCACACCACCCAACCAGCAGGCAGCCCCGCACAGCCAGUGGUGGGCACAUCCUGGCCCACUUCAAGAAGGGCUAAAGGACCAAGAGGGGUCUCAGGCUGGCGAUUCACCCUGUCUCCACCCACCUGGGAAAUGUUCUGUGGCCCCUCCCACAGCCCAGCACCUGCUCCCUGGGGGGUGUGGGGACUGGAGGCAGGAUCACUCAGGCUCCAGCCCAGCCCCACCACUGCUGUGCACUGCAGCCCUUCCCACGCAGUGCCCAUGCUCUGGGAGGCAACGGACCACUCGGACCCGCACCCCUGCCCACCAAGCUCCGAGCACAGUCUUGGACGCCCCCUCGUGGGCUCCCGGCAAACAGAUGUCUGGCAGUGAGGGUGGAGGGAGGCGGUGGGCGGCAGCACCCUCGCAGAUGGGGUCCCCUGAGUGAUGGAGAAUAAACACCUGAAGAAUCAUG